CACUGUUUUUGUUUUCCUUCUUGACGGUGUUGUUAACUCUUGAGGAAGAAGUGUUGGCGACUUGUUGGUGAACAGCCCACAACUCAUGAGGCAUUCCAGGACGGACCUGAGGACUUGUCGUUGUUAUUACUCCAUUUGGACCAAGUCCUGUUUCUUGAAGGAGACUUCAACCCAUAAAGGCGACUGUUUUUUAAAAGAACUGAACCGUCGACAGAAAAUGCAGACCGCAUAGGUUUCGGCGUAGGGAAGUGCUAUUUGGGCAGACAGAUGAGCCUGCGGCCACUGCUCGGAGCACCAGGAGUAGACUGCGCCACUUCAACGCUUAACAUUUGUUCACCAAUAAUUCCAAUGAGGACAACCGCUUCAAGAACAUCUACCUGAAGCACUGUUGAGAAACUGGCUGAUAAGUGAGCAUACGAAACAUUCAUCGUCCUUUGUGAAGCAAACAGUCCCACUUCUUAAAAAACUGCGGGAGAGAAAUCUCAUGACUUUAUUCUUUCCGAGGUAUAUCCAAGUGAAUUCUGAUUGGGAUAUCAUCUUCUCACGACUGGAACUCUCCCGAACCCAUACUUCGGAUUUUUCUUGCUCACUCUCUUGAAUACGUCAUCAGAAGAAAUGUACGGGUUUAUUCACUGCGCCUUGGAAGACCUCGUGACGAAGAAGUUCGGAGCGGACACGUGGAAGCUGCUUCUGGAAAAGUCGGGGAUCAGUAUGCACGGUGCCUCGUUCCUCAUGCACAAAGUGUACACGGACGACAUGACCCUCAAGCUGGUGGCUGCAGCCUGCGAGGUGCUUGGCCUGGAUUUGGACACGUGCCUAGAAGCCUUCGGAGAGCAUUUUCUAUACUUCUGCCAGCAGCACGGCUACGACCACAUCCUGCGCGUUCUGGGCUCCAACAUGGCCGACUUCCUGACGAACCUGGACAACCUGCACGACCACUUGGCGUCUACUUACCCGGGAAUGCGUGCGCCCUCGUUCCGCGUCACACCCGGUCCCAGCGGACAGAUACUCCUUCAUUACUACAGCGACAGGAAAGGCCUGCACCCAAUCGUGCUGGGAAUCGUCAAGGUGGUCGGCAAGGAAUUCUUCAACACUGAGGUGCGCGCCAACAUCUCUGUUGUCUCGGAGUUCGGAGAGAGGGCCCACGUGACCCUCGAAGUGACUGAGACGAACAAGGAAGGCAAGAGCUGCUUGCUUCCGAGCCACGCCGCCGACACCCUGAGCAGCCGGCCAGAAGACCUGCGGAUGGGCGUGAAGACCAUGUGCGCAGCGUUCCCGUUCCACGUGCUGUUCCGACGCGACUUCGGCAUCCUACAGGCGGGCAAAGGAUUACUGCGGCUCGUCGGGCAUCGUUGGAAGGAAAGUAGAGCGCAGGGUCGCCGCCUCAAGUUCGACGACAUCUUCGACAUAACGCGGCCCGUUAUCGAGUGCACCUUCGAAUCCAUACGCAGCUAUUGCAAUCAGGUGUUCGUUGUGCAAACAAAAGAAGGCGUGAUCAAGCCUCUGUCAGCCAACUGCCCGGAUGACGACGACACGGUCAACUCGAGCCCCAAGGUUCUCCGACUCAAGGGCCAGAUGGUGUCGGUCGAAGAGACGCACAGCAUCUUGUUUCUGUGUUCGCCGCGCGUCAAGGACAUCGACGACAUGCGGCGCAUCGGGCUGUUCUUCAGCGACCUGGCCAUACACGACCCGGCCAGGGAGCUGUUCCUGCGCUCGCACCACCACCGCGGGGAGCGUGAGCUCAUCGAGAAGCUGGACGAGGCCACCAACAGACUGCGCAUGCUCCAGUCCAAGCUGGACGAAGACAAGAAGCGAACGGAGGAGCUGCUCCACUCCAUACUGCCUUCGAAGGUAGCCAAGCUCCUCUGCCAGAACCUUCCUGUGGAAGCGGAGAAGUUCGAGACAGUCUCAUGCCUCUUCUCAGAUAUUGUGGGCUUCACCAACAUGUGCGGUAGCUGCGCUCCCAUGGCCAUCGUGCGCCUGCUCAACAAGCUGUAUCUGCAGUUUGACAACCUAUCCCACGUGCAUGGCGUCUACAAGGUGGAGACCAUUGGGGACGCCUACGUGGUGGUAGCCGGCGUGCCAGAUUUUGUGGAGGACCAUGCGGACCGGCUUAUCGUCAUGGGUCUGGAUAUGAUAACGGCCACAAAGAGUGUCCGCAAUCCGGUGAAUGGGGAGCCUAUACAGAUGCGGAUCGGUAUUCACACUGGCUAUGCCACGGCCGGCGUAGUAGGGAUGACAAUGCCUCGCUACUGUCUGUUCGGGAAUACAGUCACCCUGGCGAACAAGACGGAGAGCCUGUCCAAGCCGUCCAGAGUAAACGUCACAGAGGUGGCCAGGAGCCACCUGACGAAAAAGGAGUACGUGUUCGAGGACAACCUGGACGUGGGUGACUUCCCACUCCGCUGUUACUUGGUGGACAUGGCAUCGAGGCCAAGCGCCGAAGCCCAGCCGGCUGCUACGGGACAACAGCCGGCCGACGACAGCAUGUUCCUCUCUCCCUCCUCCUCACCUGUGCGUCGCGCGUCCGCCAUCCCAUCACCGUCCCUGGAAGCAGAUGAGAUUGGCAUGUUCAUCAACAGUAGCCUGCCUGCGAAAAGUACAGAGUCCGAAGCAGCGACAGCCGUCAACGCAAAAAGAAACAAUGCUGAGCCCCUGUUCAAACCUCGCAAGAACAACCUCACUUCCUGUCCAUUUCAGGCAGGAAAACCAGACGAGAAGCGCACCCCAAUUGCGCAGAGCGCCGCGUCCGCGCCGCCAGUGGCGACCAACGCAACUACGGAAAUCGUCAACGCCCGAGAGGACGCGUCUGCAGAUUUCUUAGCCUACAGCGCCGCCGACAGUCAUGAGCCGCCCCCCGCCCUCAAAGAUGGGCACGACCACGCGACAAAAGGCACUGGUGGCGGGAAGGCUUCGUUCCUGGGCAUCAGAUGGAAGCUGUCGCAGCCGAACAAGAUGAAGAAACACAAGAGCUGCGACUCCACUCACUCUACGUCGUCACACCCGGACGAUCACGAAGACCUAAGCGGCGAAAGUGGAGGAGCCGCCGGAGGAGCGGCCGUGCGCUUCUCGGAGAGCCCCGAGCAGAAGUCGGGCCGGCUGCAGUGCCCCUUCUUCCGGUUCCGGGCCAAGAACGUGGGAAUCGAAGAAGGCUUCGCUCAGGCGGGCAGUGGCAAGACAGUGCCUAUAGCGUUAACUGCUACUGGCGCUGGGGCAGCGAUAAGCACCGCACAAACGGAAACCACGCCUUCCAGAAGAACCGACGGGCGCAAGAAGGACAAGUUUUGGUCUCGGGUGAUAUUUCCCUCUUGAAGACACAUGCCGCGGCGCCCAGCGGCUAGCGUCCUCUGUCCUUUGGUGAAUGACACAGCGAGACCACAAGGCAUCCCUUGCAGCUCGUGAAACCCUAUAGCCUCUGCCAGCCCCAACGAGCACCGGCCUGUUUUUUGCAAGGAACACACGGACACUCCCACGAAGAGGGAAUGCACUAUUUUGGGUUUUAUAUAUAGCCGCACGCAGUAUAAGAGCGAAACCCAUCCACAGGGCCUCGUCCCCAGUUUUCGGGCCACGUACCCAGACGACGCAUGAGCACCGACGGUUUCAAAACAAGACGGCAACGAGCGAAGGAGACGACGUACCUCCUUCGCUCAUCUUUAAUAGAUUUCUUUUUUUGUCAUAUCUUCUCUCUGCGUCAUUUUGUGAAGCCACCUCACCACCUGAAAGACUGUAAGAAAAAGCGACCACCACCGCCCUCACCUUGUGUUUCCUCAGCUUACGCCCAAAUAAAAAGCGGAC